AUGUACGCCUUCCACUCAGCCAAGGACUCUCCCACGCGCUACACCCCCCACGUCCUCCCCUGUCGCAUUCACCACGACGGCCCGAUCGAGUCCACCGAACGCUUCUGGGCACCUCAGCCCGAUAAGGACGGCACCCAAACAGCCCAUUUUCGCGGGCGCAGACUCCGCGGUCGACGCGUGCCGCUGCCUGAUGGAUAUCGCGGGGUGAUUGCAACACCGACCGACCGAGUGAUGACGCCGGCGUCGCAACGACCCGAUCACCACAACGCCGAGGCAGAGGACCCCAACGCGGAACCAGAGGAGCCGGUCAAGGCCCUGGAGAUGAGGGGGACCUUUGCAGACUUGAUGGUUUGGGGCCAUGAGACGGCGCCGGCGGCGGAUGAUGCGUACGUGAAGGGUGUGCAGGAGUGGCUGCAGUUGGCCGAAACGGUAGCUCAUCCAUCUCACCGCCCGCCGCAACUGAUCUCUCUCUAUCUCCCUCUCUCCCUCUCUCUCUUUCCCUCUCCUCGUCUCGGCCGCCAGAUCCUCGAAAUGCCCCCAUCCGACCCCGCGAAAGUGGCCCCCGAGGCGCUGAUCUCCCAAUUCCAGGUGGACAAGUUACUCAAACAAGAUCCACCCUCAGAUCAGAAUGGACGACGAAUUGCGCUCCUUGGAACCAUCGACAGCCAACAAGGGAUCCUGAUCGCUGAGCGUGCAGCCUUCGCAACGGAAUCACUGGAGGUCCUACGAGCCUUCCACGCGGCCAUUGGCCAAGUCAAGAACCUAGGCGACAACGACAUCUACCGCUGGUACCUGGCUUCCUCCUCCUCCUUCGAACCCCAGCCCGACCUCAAAAUCAACCUGAUCUGGCCAUGCACCCAGUCCCACAUCAAGAAAUACUCCGACCAGCAGCUGCGCAUGGUUACCGAGACACCAGCCAUCUAUCGCGACCACGUCCAGCCCUACAUGCGCGCAAAGCGUGAGCAAGGCCGACUGAACUGGGUGUUCAAUAUUCUGGAAGGCCGGACCGAACAGGAGGAUGUCAUCAUGCGAGACGCGGGCCAUGGCCCCGAGGACGCGUUCCUCAUGCUGCCCGACCUGAACUGGGAUCGCAAGACGAUGGGCUCCCUGCACCUGCUGGCGCUGGUGCACCGGCGUGAUAUCUGGAGCUUACGGGAUUUGAAAAAGAGCCACGUGCCCUGGCUCCGGUAUCUGCGGCAGCGGGUGCUGGAGGCGACGGUGAAGAUGUAUCCGGGACUGGAGGCGGAUCAGCUGAAGCUCUACGUGCACUAUCAACCAACCUACUAUCAUUUCCAUAUCCAUGUUGUGAAUGUCAUGUUGGAGGCCGGCGCGACCCAAGCGACCGGCAAGGCGUUUGGCCUGGAGAAUCUGAUUUCACAAUUGGAGACGAUGGCAGGCGAUGAUGAGGCCAGUAUGGCGGAGGUGAGCCUGACGUAUUAUCUGGGGGAAGCCAGUGAGCUGUGGACGGAGAUCUUUGCGCCGUUGAAGAAUAAGGGGUAG